AUGUUCUUCCCAAGAGCCAUGUCUGCCAUUUUGCUGCUUCUUGGAAUAUUAUCUUCCACUGGAGUGCAACUUAUUGGGGCACAAGUCGGUGUGUGUUAUGGAGGAAACGGAAACAAUUUACCGACAAAGCAAGCAGUGGUGGAUCUGUACAAAUCAAACAGAAUUGGUAAAAUCCGUUUAUACUAUCCAGAUGAAGGUGCUCUGCAAGCCAUGAGAGGUUCAAACAUAGAAGUGAUCCUUGGUGUCCCUAAUGACCAACUUCAAUCUGUAACCAACGCUGGAGGUGCUACAAAUUGGAUCAACAAGUACGUGAAACCCUAUGCAGGAGACGUUAAAUUCAAGUACAUUGCGGUUGGCAACGAAGUUCACCCUGGUGAUGCUUUAGCAGGCUCAGUUCUUCCAGCGAUUCAAAACAUUCAAAACGCAGUUUCUUCCUCCAAUUUGCAAGGCCAAAUCAAAGUCUCCACCGCAAUAGACACCACUCUACUAGGAAACUCUUACCCACCAAAAGAUGGCGUUUUCAGCAACAGUGCAAGGCCGUACAUAACUCCCAUUGUAAACUUCUUAGCCAAAAACGGUGCCCCACUUCUUGCAAACGUGUACCCUUACUUCGCCUACGUUAACAACCAACAAAGCAUUAGUCUUGAUUAUGCCUUGUUUACUAAACGAGGCAACAACGAAGUUGGGUACCAAAACCUGUUUGAUGCAUUGUUGGAUUCUCUGUACGCUGCUCUUGAGAAAGUAGGAGCACCAAAUGUUAAGGUUGUGGUGUCUGAGAGUGGGUGGCCAUCAGAAGGUGGAGCUGGAGCCACUGUUCAAAACGCAGGAACAUAUUACAGGAAUCUGAUUAAUCAUGCCAAGGGUGGCACCCCAAAGAGGCCUAAUGGACCCAUAGAGACUUACCUCUUUGCCAUGUUUGACGAAAACCAGAAGACUGGUCCAGAAAUUGAGCGACACUUUGGUCUCUUCAGGCCUGACAAAUCACCAAAAUAUCAACUCACUUUCAAUUGA